AUGACAGCAGACACCGCCGAUGGCAGGAGCAACGAGCCUGCAAGCGGCUCCUCCAUAAUCCUGUCGAAGUUCAACACAGUGUACAGACACUCCGUGCUCGACAUAUUGACGUAUUAUGCUGAGAUCCCCACCGACCCGAACCCGGACAACAGCCCAUUAACGAGCCAGACGCCCACCGAUGCCCUCAACAGCAACAUCUCCCAGGCGACGGCCUCGCUGGGAAGCUCCCAGAACAGUAACUCCAUUUCCAACGUGAAACUGAAGAAUGUUGAUUUCGACCAGGUGACGAUCUGCUUCAAGCACCCACUGAUUGACAUGGAAAUGCUCAGGCCGAUUCCAUUUGACUCCAAAUGCAGCUCGUGGACCGAGGUCCAGCAAAAGUUGAUCGAGAUGGCCAAGAUAGCGGCACGGGCUCGCAGUCUAAGCCAUCUGAGGGUAUCUGGGAUCUCUUACCCAACGUCUCCGCUCAACCUUGCGAUAAUCUUCUGCGUUUUGUUGCUCCCGUUCGGUUACUACUGGCCGUCGAUCCUUUACGAGCACUUUUUUGCCAAGUACCUUCCUUUCAUGCUCUCCGUUAAGCCCUACCACAACUAUAUCUUAUACUCAACUAUUGCCGCCCAUUGCACAGAGUUCUACUUCUUUUUUGUGCCGAGACUCAGGCGGUUUCGGGUUCCUCUCGACUACGCUCUUGAGUGGGCCGUUCUCGUCCUGUUAGACGGAUAUGCUUCGGUGAGACGUUUCGACCGUUACGUGAAAAUGAUUUCUCCAGAUGACACCUACUACGACUUCACCAACAAUGACUAUUUCCUAUAA